AUGAGCAACGUCGAGAACAAGUUCGAAGAUGCUAGAACGUUUGCAGGUGACCGCGCCCAGGCUCGCUCAACAACGACAGAGACGCCGCAAAAUGAGCCUACAUUAGAACUAUGUAAGGUGGCAUCAACAAGUCGUUCUUAUAAUGAACCGGUGUACAACGACCUUGCGAAAGAAGUUGCAGCGCUUAGAAAGAAAGUGCAAGCACUUACUCUAAUGCACAGAAGAAGCAGACCACGAUCACGCUCUAAACGAGAUACUCGUAAAAAUCGCUCUUCAUCAAGGUCUCAGUCCAGCUACAGAAAAUUUCCUUUAUGCUGGUACCACUCCAAAUUCGGCGAAAAGGCAGAUAAAUGUGUACGCCCAUGCGACUAUCGGUCGGAAAACUCCAAGGGCAAUCGGUGA